AUGGAUGAAAAUUUGAAAGAAGUGGAGUUAUUGAUAAACGCCCAAUCAAAUGGAGUGAGCAUGGUUGGGAUUUAUGGGAUUGGUAAAACUACCAUUGCCAAGGUUGUUUACAAUGAUAUGUUAGAUCAAUUUCAACGUCACAACUUUCUUGAAAAUGUGAGGGAGAAAUCUAAAGAUGGUCAUGGUUUGCUUGAAUUAGAAGAAAAACUUCUUUCUGAUAUCCUAAUGGAGAAAAAUCUGGGGUUAAGGAAUAUUGAUGAAGGAAUUGAAAAGAUAAAGAGUGAGUGUUGCUUUGAAAAGCAUAUUGUGACCACGAGAAAUAAACGUUGCCUGGAUGUAUAUGAGUCAUAUUCAUCAUAUGAGGCUAAGGGAUUAGCACAUGAGCAAGCUAAAGAACUCUUUUGUUGGAAUGCCUUUCGAAAAUGCCAUCCAAAAGACAAUUAUGUGGACCUCUCUAAUCAUAUACUGGAUUAUGCUAAAGGCCUUCCAUUGGCUUUUGUAGUUUUGGGUUCUUUUCUCUUUCAAAGGGAUGUGGAUGAAUGGGAAAGCACAUUGGAUAAACUCAAAACAAACCCUCUCGAGGAUAUUCAAAAGGUACUCCAGAUAAGUUAUGAUGGACUAGAUGAUAAAUGCAAGAAGUUGUUUCUUGAUAUUGCAUGUUUCUUCAAAGAUGAGGAUGAAAAAUUUGUUACAAGAAUACUAGAAGGUUGCAAAUUCCAUCCCAAGAUUGGACUAAGAGUUCUUGAUGAGAGGUGUCUUAUCUCUAUAACAAACGACACUAUAAGGAUGCAUGACUUGUUACAAGAAAUGGGUUGGGCAAUUGUUUGCCAAAUUGAUUCAGAACGUCCUGAAAAAUGGAGUAGAUUGUGGGAAUUACAGGAUAUUGAAAGUGUAUUUACCCGAAAUAAGGGGACAAAAAACAUUAAGGGGAUUUUCAUAAAUUGGUCUCGCAUUAUAGAAAAACGUAUACUUACUGCUGAAGCUUUCCGAAAGAUGAAACGACUUAGAUUGCUCAAAGUCAGAUUCAAUUCGAUGGUGCAGCUUUCCCAAGACUUUGAAUUGCCUUGUCAUGAUUUAGUAUAUUUUCAUUGGGAUUGCUACCCUUUAGAAUCUUUGCCAUCAAAUUUUCAUACAGACAAUCUUGUUGAACUCAACCUCUGGGGCAGCAACAUAAAACAUCUUUGGGAAGGAAAUAUGCCUGCUGAAAAGUUAAAAGUCAUUUUUCUUAGUUAUUCCAACCAUCUAGUUGAUAUUUCAAGCAUCUCAAGUAUGCCAAAUUUGGAGACUCUAAUUCUAACAGGGUGCAAAAGCCUUGAGAGUCUUCCAAGGAACCUUCACAAGCUGAAAUGCCUUCAAACACUCUCUUGUGAUCACUGUUCAAACUUAGAGAGUUUUCCGGAGAUUGAGGAAGAAAUGAGAAGUCUAAGAAAGCUUAAUUUAAGUGAUACAGGUAUAACGGAAUUACCAUCAUCAAUUAGGCAUCUAAAUGGGCUUGAAAACUUGGACUUAAGUUAUUGCAAAAACCUUUUGGGUCUUCUGGACAGUAUUUAUAGUUUGAGCUCUCUUCAAGCUCUCAAUCUAUCUGAGUGUUCAGAACUAGUGGGCUUUCCAGAUAUCAAUAUUGGAAGUCUAAAAGCUCUUGAAUUUUUGGAUUUGUCAUUUUGCAAGAACCUUUUGAGUCUUUCGAACAGUAUUGGUUGUUUGAGCUCUCUUCGAACUCUUUCAUUGACAAACUGUUCAAAACUGAAGGGCUUUCCAGAUAUCAAUAUUGGAAGUCUAAAAGCUCUUGAAUCGUUAGAUUUCUCAAGUUGCAGAACCCUUGAGAGUCUUCCUGAGAGCAUUUACAAAUUGAGCUCUCUCAAAACAUUGAGGAUUGCAAAUUGUCCAAAACUCGAGGAAAUGUUAGAGAUGAAACUAGGGCAAUUAUCUGGCGUGACUGCUUUUCCUCAUUACAAGCUUUAA